AUGUUAUUUACCGUACUCGGAGUUAUUGCUCUCUUCCUGAGAGAAAGAAACAUCAAGUCCACCGUCUCAGGUCAAGAUGAAAGAUUCGACCGUCAAGGAGGAUUGGUCAUGGUACCCCCCAACAGUGAUGGUCGAGAAAUCGGUGACUGGUGUGAAGAUUCAUCUUUGCAUCUGGAGGAACAGAUCAAUGUUCAGUCUGAGGAACCAUCACUGGAGGAACCUGUUGAUGGUCAGAGUGAAGAACAAUCACUGGUAGAGCCUGACAGUGUUCACGGUGAAGAAUUAUCACUGGUAGAGCCUGACAGUGUUCACGGUGAAGAACAAUCACUGGUAGAGCCUGACAGUGUUCACGGUGAAGAACAAUCACUGGUAGAGCCUGACAAGCCUGACAGUGUUCACGGUGAAGAACAAUCACUGGUAGAGCCUGACAGUGUUCACGGUGAAGAAUUAUCACUGGUAGAGCCUGUCGAUGGUCACAGUGAGGACUCAGCCAGCACUUUCAGCCGUGAUGAUGUUCCUCCAAAAUUUUUCUACGCUGAGUCCAGCAGUAGUGAUGACUUCCCUCAAGAGUUUUACUCAGCCGGGACCAACUGUAAUAGUGAGCUCACAGCCAGCUCCUACAGCAGCUUCUUCUCUGCUGAGUCCGGCUGUGGUGAGGACCUCUCUACAGAUUUUCUGUCUGCUGAGUCCGGCUGUGGUGAGGACCUCUCAACCAAUUUUGAGUCUGCUGAGUCCGGCUGUGGCGAUGACCCCUCUACCAAUUUUGAGUCUGCGGAGUCCGGCUGCGGUGAUGACCCCUCUACCAAUUUUGAGUCUGCUGAGUCAGGCUGUGGUGAUGACCCCUCUCCAAAUGUGGUCUCUACUGAGUCUGGCUGUGGUGAUGACCCCUCUCCAAAUGUGGUCUCUACUGAGUCUGGCUGUGGUGAUGACCCCUCUCCAAAUGUGGUCUCUACUGAGUCUGGCUGUGGUGAUGACCCCCCUCCAAAUAUGGUUUCUGCUGAGCCUGGCUGUAGUCAUUACAACCCCCCAAAUGUGGUCUCUGCUAAGCCCGGCUGUAAAGAUGAUGUCGCUCAAGGUGCAACCUGUCAGACAGAGGACGCUGUUCCAUCUCAGCCAGAAAAGCUGAAGGAUAAAGACACACACAUCAUUGAGAUCAACUCACAGCGCUAUGAAAUUGGUGCUGAGCUGGGCAAAGGAGGCUUUGGAACCGUUUUCGCUGGGACCCGUUUAGAAGAUGGCCUUCAGGUGGCAGUAAAAAUAGUCAAUUGCAAGGUUAUGCGACUCAUCCGUGUUGGUGGGUUUGAAAAACCAGUUCCAGCGGAGAUCGCUCUCCACUUUCUUGCCACUAAAGGCCCCAAGAUUAAACAAAUUGUUGAGCUGCUGGACUGGAAGGUGGAGCCUCAACGCUACAUCAUAGUCGUGGAGCGGCCCAUACCCUGUGUGACCUUACGUGAAUUUUUAAAUGACAACAAAGAAGACAUUGCAGAGGACGUGUUACGGAAAAUCAUGUUCCACGUAACAAUUGCAGCUCACACGUGCUGCCAACGCGGAGUGUUUCACCGUGAUAUCAAGCCUGACAAUCUGCUGAUUAACCCAGAGACCUUUGAAGUUAAACUGAUUGACUUCGGGUGCAGUGCCAUCCUUACUAAAGACUGUUACCAACAGUUUUCAGGCACAAGACUUUUCGCUCCUCCCGAAUUUGUAAACACUGGCAGAUACCAUGGGGAGCCAUCGACAGUGUGGUCACUCGGGAUUGUUCAGUUUUUGCUAAUGUUCAAAAACUUUCCAACAGUAACUGACCUCCUUCAGUUGAAUAGCAGAGACUUAGAGAUUCCCAGAAGGUCAAAAGAAUGCAGCGAUUUCAUCCGCGCUUGUCUGCAGUUGAACACAGACUUUCGAUAUAAGCUGCAUACACUCCGUGCUCAUGCCUGGUUUAAGGUGAUGAAUACGUUUUGA